ACACCACAGGAGUAAGAGUGCUGGUUGGCAGUUAGAGCAAAACUUCCUUUUUUCCCACAGAUGCAGUCCUGUACACAUCUCUCAACACAUCUCUUAUUUCGUGGAUUGCUUUUACAGGAACUAUAUAUGUGUGGAAGAUCGCUAAAAUGGAGGCUAGGAAAUACUGGCUAAUGCUAAUAUGCUGGGUGAUGAUUGCAUUCUGGAUCAGCUUGGCAGCAUGCGAGCCGGAUAUAAAAUCCCUGAUGACGCACCGAUGUGACAUCUGGAAUAACACUGACGGGACUGUGUUUGACUGCCAUGGCCGAAAGUUACGGAUCAUGCCCAAGGUAUAUUUGAACACCACCAGCCUUGAUGCAUCUGAGAAUGAAAUCCAGAACCUAACAGCAGACUCGCUGAAAGACAUGCAAAAAUUAAAAAAUCUCAGUCUAAAUUGGAUGAACCACAAGAAAAAUGUGAAAAUCAGCAAAGGGGUUUUUGCAAAUUUGACAAACCUGGAAAUCUUGGAGCUUAAUGGAGUUGGUCUGUCAGUGAUACCUGCAGAGCUUCCGAGUACUCUGAGAGAACUGAGAUUGGAUGAGAACAACAUUUCCUCACUAAGUUACCAAAACGUUUCACAAUUAAAAAACCUGACCCAUCUUUAUCUUUCCAAAAAUUGCUAUUAUGGGAGAUCCUGUUUGAUGCCUUUUGAGAUUGUUAAUGGAACUUUUUCAGACUUGGACAAGUUAAAACAUCUGAGUUUGUCAUACAAUAACAUCACUCAUGUUCCCAGAUAUUUGCCUGUCUCCUUAGUAACACUUGAACUUGCUUCCAACAUGAUAUCGUUCAUCGGAGAAGAUGAUUUCAAAGGUCUCCCAAAUCUCAAAACCCUUAAAAUCCAGGGGAACUGUCCACGCUGUCACAAUGCUCCAUACCCCUGCACUCCGUGUGCCAAUGGUUCUAUUGAUAUUCAUGAACGAGCUUUCCACCCACUCAGAAAGCUCAUUUUAUUGCAUCUUGCUGGGAAUUCCAUUUCUGUAAUCAAGAAAGCUUGGUUUGAUAGCCUUUCGCAACUGCAGGAACUCUACCUCUCCUACAAUUUUCUGACAAGUCAGAUUGAGGAUGGACCAUUUCUGAGUAACUUAAAGCUUUUGAAAAAACUCGACCUCUCGUAUAAUUAUCAACUUCAAGCUUAUCCGGAGACUGUGCGCCUAUCACCAAACUUCGCCAACUUGCACAGUCUUCGCGUGCUGCAUAUCCAAGGUUUGGUUUUCAAAAAGAUCCAAAAUGACUCUCUCGCACCUCUUUAUGGUUUGCAAAAUCUGACCGUAUUAGAUUUAGGAGUCAAUUUUAUUGUGGCUGUGGAAACAAAUAUAUUUAACCAAUUUCCUAAUUUACAACUGCUCUAUCUGUCAGAAAACCGUCUCUAUCCUAUCGCUAACACUUCAGUUAGAAACCCAGAUAAUAACAUAAAGCCAUCACGCUUCGACCUACCUGAGCUGACAGGUUCUGAUUCUAAAUGGACACCAGAACCGUAUCAGAUUAACAGACAGCUUGUCAAACCAGAGUGUGUCGCUGCUGGCCGUGUGCUGGAUAUGAGUAGAAAUAAUCUGUUUUUCAUUUCCCCAAAGCAGUUUGAGGACUAUAAAAACAUUUCCUGUCUCAACCUGUCCAGAAAUGGCUUCUCAUCAGCAUUAAAUGGAACAGAAUUCACAUCACUGCCUAACCUAAAAUAUCUAGAUUUGUCAUUCAACAAGAUUGAUUUGGCUUACGAUUAUGCUUUUAAAGAAUUACAGGAGUUGGAGGUGCUUGACCUCAGCUAUAACCCACAUUAUUUCAUUGUGCCUGGGGUGACCCAUAAUCUGAAAUUCUUACAGAAUUUGCCUAAGCUGAGAGUAUUAAAUAUGAGUUCCAACAGCAUUUUUACCCUAACAAGUAAAUACAUGUUCAGCAACUCACUUGUUGAGCUCCAGUUCCAGGACAAUCAACUGGCGAGGAUAUGGAAAGACCGAAAGUAUGUGCAACUUUUCUGGAACUUAACAAAUCUGAUACAUCUUGAUAUUUCAAACAACGACAUCCAUAAUAUCCCUACAGAAGUUUAUAAAUACUUGCCUGUCACACUAAAAAUAUUAAGAUUAAACUACAAUUACCUGACUAACCUCGAAUGGACUUUGAUGCGGACCUUUACACAGCUUGAGGAGCUCAUUCUUAGCUACAACAGGUUGACGCAGGUGUCUCAAAACAUAACCCAGAAUAUCCCGUCCUUGCGUUACCUUGACCUGAGCCAUAACAGGAUCUCUCAGCUGGCUAUCCCAUUGCUCAAAGGCGCUGUCAAUCUGCAAAUGCUGGAUCUGAGUAGUAAUAAAUUAAGUACCCUUGAUGAGUCAACCUUCUCAUCCGAGGAGACAAGUAAUUUGAGCACUUUGUGGCUCCAUAAGAACCCCUAUUAUUGCACAUGUGACAUAUUAAACUUUACUCUUUGGCUUUCAAAAACCAAUUUGAAAAUCCCCUAUCUGUACUCUUUGGUGACUUGCAGUACCCCUUAUGCAAUCAAGGGCAGACCGCUGUUAGCCUUUGACUUCAGUGAAUGCCCUGAUAAAAAAAUUGCUUUCCUGGCCUAUUUUUUCUGCACUGUGCUUAUUUUGGGAUUAACCUUUGUGACAACCUUGAUGCACAUGUUCUACUGGGACUUUUCAUAUGUGUUCUACUACAUGAAGGCAAAAUUCAAAGGCUACAAGCAUUUGAGCUCUGGUGAUAAUGUCUACGAUGCCUUUGUCACCUAUGACACCAAAGACCCACAGGUCUCAGAGUGGGUCCUGAACCAUCUCCGGGUUCAGCUGGAGGAAGAAGGGGAUCGCUUCCUUCCAGUCUGUUUGGAAGAACGUGACUGGUUACCUGGCUGCCCCAUUCUGGACAGCCUAACCCAGAGCAUCCGCCAGAGUCGCAAGACGAUCUUCGUUCUCACUCAGUCCUAUGUGAACAGUGGCUCGUUCAAGAUGGCCAUUUACCUGGCGCACCAGCGUCUUCUGGAUGAAAGCGAGGAUGUGAUCGUGCUGCUGCUACUUGAGCCUGUGCUGCAGAACUCACAUUUCCUGCGCCUGCGGAGACGACUCUGCAGCCACAGUGUGCUCGAGUGGCCCCAGAGCCCUGCCGCAGAACCCUGGUUCUGGCAGUGUGUGAGAAAUGCAGUUCGGGUCGAGAACAAGAUCAUGUACAGCAGCAUCUACUCCAGAUACUUCACCAUCAAAAAAAGACUCUUUUAAUAAUAAAAUAAUGAACUAUUCAAAAUAUAUACAUCAUAUUAUUAUUUUUUCACUUACAAACGUCAUGUUCUUAUCAUCAUUACCACUAUUCUGUUGACUGGAGAAGGUGAACAUUCAAGUGAGAAAAUAUUUCAGUGUAAAGUGUCUCAUAGCCAGCCUUUUUUGGCUAUUUUUUUAUUUCUUUUUUUUUAAAUUAGCAGUCAUAUUUGUGUUCAUACAUCAUUAGGACAUGUUCCUGUAGUCACUAUGGUGUUGCUAGGGUCUUCAGAGGUGAUUGCUAUGCUAUGCCAAAUGGUUGCUAGUGUAUUGCUUUGUGGUUAUUAGGAUGUUGCAGAGUGGUUGUUAUAGAAUGAAAUUAUAUUCUCCAGGGGGUUGCUGGAAUGUGGCUUGUUGGUUGCUAUGAUAUUACAUGGCAUUGUUAACCCAGUAGGUUGCUAUGGUGUUGCUAGGUGGUUGUUAGGGUGUUGCUAGGUGGUUGAUAUGGUAUUUCAGUUGGUUGUAAGGGUGUUGUUGCAUGGUUGUUGUGCUAUCUCAGUUGGUCACUAGAUUGUUGCUAGGUGGUCCCCAUUAUAUUCUCUGUGAUCACUGAUGUUUUGCUAGGUGGUUACUGUGUCAUUCCAUGAGGUUGUUUGGAUGUUGCUAGCUGGGUUGCUAUAGUAUUCCAGGUUAUUCUAGGGGGAUUCGCUAUGAUCCCAGCUGGCUGCUAGUGUGUCAUAUGGCUUCUAUCAUGUACCGUGCUAAAUGGGAGGCUCUGAGCUUUCUUAGCUUGAUAGCCAGGUUGCUCAUAAAGCUCCUGAAGUGCAAAAUGAAAUGAAUGAACUUCAGAUGUGGAACAUGUCCUGGCUGGGGACUGCAGAUUUGAGAUUAGGACAGCACUGUGUUUUAUUUUCAUUUUAUUUUUGUCAUUUUAAAAGCCUUUUCUAGUAGCAUGUUACUUGUCUAGGCUACACUGUCAGAAGUAAAGGGAUCGUUUUGUUUCAAAUUUUGUACAAAAAGGGUAAAUGUGGUUUUGAAGGUAAAGAGUGGUUGUGUUGUUGUUUUCACAUGUAAAGGUGCUUUACAUCAUCUGGGUUCUCUUAAUAGGACAUGGGAGAACAUUUUUACAGGCAUACAAUCAAUGCUCUUGAUACAUUCCACUACUUUAUCACAGAAAUUACACACAGCAACCUGGAGAUGAAGAUUCACCUUCAGCUGUUUUAGAAAUAAAUUCUGAAAAGGAAGAAGUGACUAAACCCAGUGUUUCCUGUUUCACUAUGAGAAAUACUGUAGAUGCUGUGUUUGUAAUAAAAAAAAAAACAUAAAGAAAGAAAGAAAAAGAAAA